AUGGAACAACACAUUCAAUACUUUACAAAUGUACUUCUUUCUGGUAGUUCAAAGGAGGGUGAGUCGGCUAGUAAUCACUUUCGACGUGAUCAGAAACUCCAAGAUAUAAAUCUGAUGUAUGAAAUUGGACAUAUUAGUUCAAACGAACAAAUUUUAUCCGCUGGUAUAUGUGCAUCUGGUUCUGUAUACAUCAGAGCAUCAUCCAAUGACAAAAGUGAUUUUCUUCCAUGUGAAACGAUUGACGACGGCGAUCAACAACAGCAAUUCGUGAACGGUUUUAAUAUAAAACAACAGUUUGCUGAAGGUAUAAAAACGAAGAUGAAUAGUGUUGAUCUGGUUCAUAAACGUAAAUAUAAGGUGUCGCCUGAAUCGGCAAGUAUCGAAAUACUAACAGAAUUUGACAUUCGAGAGAAUCCAAAAUUAUGUCAGGACUUAUUGGAAUAUGUUGAAAUACUAAAACAACAACAAUCUGUUGAUCCGAGUAAAAUGGGAAAGUUCGCUCAAUUUUGCGAGUGUGAAAAGGAAUAUUUGUUGACAAAAGUUGCUCCUGUAAUGAACAUAUACAAUUUUACAAUGGUCAAUGAAAAUUCUUUUCAUGACGAUAUUCAUUCUGCGCUAAGUCCAGCAUUUGACUAA